UUAUCCGUCCUCCGGGUAUGAGUUAUAAAAACGAAUCCUGCACGUUCUCUGUAUUUUUGUUCGGUACACACAUCCGUACGUUGUGUUAUCUGUAGGAGUUGACAAGUCAUUUCGUUGUACCGAAAAUUUCCCUUAUUUAAGCCGUUUUCUCUUCGUUUGCAACCGAUAAUUUUGCGUCGGCCGACUAGGGCAGGUUUUAGUGCUUAGUGCUCUAGUGUUCUGCGUAUAGGGAAGAGGACAUUUUCCUAUUGGGGCCAUUACUUAGUCUGACUGGUGAGGUCACCCUACAUCGUCGUGCACAUUGCAGCUGGCCGACACCGACUUCGUCAUUCCCCCUCGACCGUCCACCGUCUCUUCGGAAGAAAAAAAAACAGUCACGCUGACUCACUCAACAUUUCCAAUUCAAGUCGGGUCCAGUUAACUCAGGAGCCGAUUUUUUUGUCUUAUAAAAAACCCCAGUGCGACAUUUCUCGGAUUAGCACACUGACGGAGCCCUGGUCAGAGUUGACCCCGCUGCUUGCAUGAAUUGCGUGUACCAAUCCACGGAGUUUACUCGGUCUUCGGACGACUACUCUGCCGGUUCGGAUCCUUCGUCAGCAAGAGUACCUCCAGGAACCAUGAUGGAUGGACCAAGCCAACAGGUGAUGCAGAAUGGCGUGAUGGCAGGCAAGACCAACAACAACAACAACGAGGAGAGCAAGACCAACCUCAUCGUCAACUACCUGCCCCAACACAUGUCCCAAGACGAGAUGCGCUCGCUCUUUGGGAAGUUUGGAGACAUCGAGUCAUGCAAACUCAUCCGGGAUAAGAUCACAGGUCAAAGUUUGGGCUAUGGUUUUGUUAACUACAUGAAGCCAGCUGAUGCCGCAAAGGCUCUCGCCAUGCUGAAUGGACUCCGUUUGUCGUCCAAGAUGAUUAAGGUUUCCUAUGCUCGACCAAGCAGCCAAGCCAUCAAAGAUGCCAACCUGUACAUCAGCGGCAUCCCCAAGAGCUACAAGCAAGAGGAUCUAGACAAGCUGUUUGCUCCCUAUGGCCACAUCAUCACUUCCAGACUCCUCUAUGAUCAAGACUCUGGCACAACUGGGCGCUCACGUGGGGUUGGGUUUGUGCGCUUUGACAAGCGUGUGGAGGCAGAGCGGGCCAUUGAGGCCCUUCACGACAAGACUCCAGAACAUGGCACGGACCCCCUGAUUGUCAAGUUUGCCAACAACCCCAGCCAGAACUUCCACAAAGUGCUGCAGCAGGCUUACAUGACAUGUAUGUCACCGCAGCGCCGUGUCAUGCCCAUCGGAUCGGUUGGACCCAUGCGCCACAUGCCGCCCUGCUUCAGGUGGCAACAUUUAAGCGACAAGAUGCAGGGACUGCUAGGCAAGAUAUUGCCCAAAAACAGCAUGUAUUCACCCAUGACAAUGGCCCAGCAGCAUUCUUGCAAUGACAUGCUCAACACCAUGAACCUCCAAGCCAUGACCAAUAAUGGCAACGGCUGGUGCCUGUUUGUCUACAAUCUCCCUGCCGAGAGCGAGGAGUCCCUGCUCUGGCAGCUCUUUGGCCCAUUUGGGGCGGUCAACAAUGUCAAGGUGGUCCGCGACUUCAACACCAACAAGUGCAAAGGCUUUGGCUUUGUCACCAUGCCCAAGUAUGAGGAUGCGCACCGUGCUAUCGAGGCACUGAAUGGGUACUGUCUGGGAGCGCGCACUCUUCAGGUGUCUUUCAAAAAGGCAAAGAAUGAGUAGACAGGCAUCUUGCAGUCACCAAGGUCCUGCUGUGGAUUAACGGGGGAACAAAUCUGAGAAAGUCACAAACAGAUCGAGAACAAAUCUCAUCCCCCAAAUAAGGGUAAAACAAGAAAAAAAAAACAAAACAAAAUCAGUAAACAAAAAGUGAUACUGUCAAUGAAGGUUUCUGAAAGAGCAUGACAAUGGCUAGAUCGAGUUUUGUCCUAGGAAAGUUUUUAAAUUGGAAAGAGUGAUUAUCUAAAAGGAAUUUGUAUUAGCCCGGUUGUUAUUUUGUUGUGGGCCAAACGCUUUGAAUUUUGUUUUAAAAAGGUUGAGUCUUAAUUGGUUAAAACCAAUUUUUCUUAUAGGAAAAAAAGAUGAAACUAUUUGAAAUUUAAUCAUUUAACAACUUUUCAAUUUCUGAAAAAAAUCAUUUGAACAUGUUUACCGCCUGACUUUUCAGAUUUAAUCAAGUAUUAAAUUUUUUGAUCUUUUUAAGUUCAUGCCAAUCUAAGUAGUUAAAAUGUAUGCAUGCAUACAGUUAUUAAUUUAGCUCUUCGUAUAAAGAAUUGUGUUGAUUGUAUGGAAUUUAAUUGCAGAAAUAUAGAAAAACUAUAUUGAAAAGUUAGUUCUAUCAAUUUAUUAGAUAUUGAUUGACAUGAUUUUUAAGUAUUAACUUUAUUGGCUUUUGUGUUUUGUGUUUAUGUUGUAGUUUAUCAUGUAGAGUUUAACUUAAAGGUGACCAAGAAAAGCAAGCAAAACCAAUCCAUCAACCCAAAGAGCUCACUGAUGAAAAAUAUUAGUAGCCAUGAUCCGAGAUUUUGUUCAGUGCUGGUUUUUGGCAUGACCGGGCAGAUUUGACUCUAGCUUUAUGUUGAAAUUCUCAUUUUAAGGACAAAGAUGACAGUUUGAGAAGGAAAAAAAAAACAAAACAAAACAAUGUGCUGCAUAACAAAUGAAAACUACAUGCUAGGAGGUGUAUCACUGACAAUUCUUGCCCAUUUGACUGUGCACCACAAUACCGUGCUGCUUAAUUUUGUUUUGAGUUAACAAUUAGCUCAGUGAAGGCUUUCCGUGCCAUCUAUUUUUAUAGCAUGUGUAAUUAUGACGUUUUGAUGAUGUGUGAAAUGAUUUGAUCGAGUGGUGGAUAAAUUAAACAAGGCAUGUAAAUGGAGCUUACACUGAGCUAACGUGGACGUAUUUCCAUGGAAAAGGGGAGAGGGACUGGUUGAAGGAUCGAGGGGGAGUUGUCACAUGUCCACUUGGUGUACUGGCGGGAAAUGGAUAACAUUUUAAUUGCAAAACCAGGCUAAUGUAUUCCAAGUUGUUAAAAAGUGAAAAUGGUGAAAAGAUGACAAAAGAGCCAAACAUUAACACACCAGUAAAAAAAAAAGCGGGAAUUAUUUAUUGCGGCUUAUAAUGUCAUUGCCCAGCCUAUGAAUGUCUUGGGUUUUUAAAUUUGCCAUUUCAUCCUCAUAAGCUAUUCCCGUCGAUGCAUGUACUGUAUAUGUAUAUUUCUGGUCACAAAAUGUAAAUAACAUUAGAUGUUGUGUGAAUAAUCGUCCGCAGUUUAUUGUUAAAAAAAACAGGGUUCCUGUUUUAAAAAGAGAGAGGAAAAGAAGAAAAAAAAUCAGUUGUAUAUUCCUCCCACAGUGGCUGCCAAAGAAAACAGUAAAGACAAAAACCGAAUUCACUUGCAAAGAACAUUCUUUGGUAGCUGCGUGAAGGGACUUUAUUUUUCGACUGGCUGAACAUGCUAGCUUCAGCGUGUGAUUGGUUUUUGUUCCGUUGGAUAGUUUUGUGACUUUGGUUGAGUUUGUGGACAUUGUUUCCAUCAGUUUCUUUCGCUUUAUACAAAAAAAAAUAGCAUUUGCGUACUGUGUCGUUUGGAAUCUGCUGCUAAUAGUGGUUGAUAACAGGAAAAAAAAAAAAAAGAAACAAAAAUACUGCAAGCAGUUCAUCUGUGGCCAAAAGGUGCUACGUACUCUUCGCUAUUAUAGACUGUUAAACAUCUAAUUAAGAUUCUUUGCUUUGGAGACAAUCUGUGUUUAGUGACAAGUGAUUUUUGUGAUAUUAUGGAAUAUAUUUAAUCCAUUAUAACAUUUUUGCAUGAAUUCUUAUUGUUGCUUCUAUUUUAAUGCUUUUUCGCUCUAUACAUAUUAUCAAACAAGGUACCAUGUAGUAGCUUUUUCCAGUUAUGAAUUUAAAAGAUUCAUGUUGGUGAUUUCUGUAAAUGACUUGUGGUUAUUUUGGGGUUCGCCCAACAGCUAGCUAAAAUGUGGUAUGUUUCCAAGCUAUUAACGCACCAAGCUAGAAAAAGUCAGAUUUUUGUGAAAUUCUUUGCCAAGGUUGUAGCAGAAAAGUAAAGCAUUUGAUUGAGUUGACUUGGUUCUUAAGGAUCUUGCUUGAGUUGAUUUGGGUUUUUUUCCUUUUGGCAAACGAGCAGCAUGGGUCACGUAGAAAAUGUUAAGAAGUAAAAAAAGCUCUGAUUUUUCUGGAGAUUGGAAAAAGCUUCUUUUUUUUCGGGGUUGGCAUUUGGCUGGGUGGUGUUAUAUAUCAUUUCUUGUGGGAGUGCUUCGGGUUUACAUUGCACAGAUGAAGACCAAAGACUUACUAAUAGCGGAGGUGAUGUGAGUUGCUAUGUAAAGCAUUAAUGUAAGCCUUGUGCCUGUAAUGAUUUUGGGCCUCCAAGACUUCCCCGUAGAUAUCUCGGAUGAGAUGGUCUUAUAGUAGAUAUCGAUGAGCUUAGUGGGUUUGACAUCAAAUGUCGCCAAACAACAGCAAAACGUUCAACUGUGUCUUUUCCUGUGAAUGCUGGGUAAGGUCAGGCCGGAUGCCGUUUGGCUGUUUGGUAUGUGAAUUGGUUGAGUUCUAUUCCAGAUAUCCUUUUUUUACCCAGUUCAGAACAUCGUACUCCAUGAAGAUUUUGCAGCAAACGCCAAUUCUUCCUACCUGACCUUACCCACUGGGCCCAAUCGUGGAAACAAAACAAAAAGUGUGCUAAAUAUCUUCCAAAAAGAUUUAAAACAAAGUUUCUAUAACUCUUUAUAAGUAAACCUGUGACAGAAAAGGGCCAAGCCAUAUACAAGUAUACAAGAAAUCACUGUUCUUGAAUUAAUGUAAAACGUAUGUAUUAAAAAAAGACCUGAUCCUAGCCUCUUCUUUGAACAGGUACAACCCUUAACACAGAUCAGAAUUCUAUGAUAUGUGGGCUCUGUUUUACAGCCGCAGACUCUGUAUGCAGAAAAUGUGAAUAAGACUAUUGGAUCCUAAGUGCCCAGAUAUUGUAGAAUGUAAACUAUUUUCUAUAUACCGUUCUUUCUAUACCAAGGGUAGGAAUAAAUGGUACUUACUACUGAACUUACUCCAUGAAAUUAUGGAAGGAAAAAAAAAUGCAGCUUUAUUGAACAUUAAGACUUCAGGUCUAUAAUAUGCACAAGUAUUUUGUACAGAGUUGUACAUAACAGAGUAAGGAUUUGUACUGUACAAAAAAGAAAGGGUUCAAAGUAGAUAGAUACACAAAGGGGAAUGCCAGCUUGCUGGUUCUUCCAAGAAAUGAGAGAGGAACGGGUUCAACUCCACCAAAAAAGAGUAGUUUCUUACCAAAAACGAAAUCCUAAAGCUUGUCCAAACUUGAUACAACUAAGAUAAAAUCUUUGGCAUUAACAAGGCGCUGUGCACGGUCCAACUUGCAGAAAAAAAGAAAACAAUUUCAAUCAUAUCAAGCAAAGAUUCUGUCUUGGGAGUUAAGGGUGAGCUCGAGAGAUGUGCAAUCAAAACACCAAACAAAGAAUAAAAAGACCAACGAUUUUUGCUGCUUUACACACAAAAAAGUAAACAGAAGAGGAGGAGUCUAUGCAAGCAUUUCAUCUCAUUCAAAUGUAAUAAAUAUAUCCGCUUUAUAGCUGGCAGCCAUUUAAGAAAAAAAAGCUGAAAAAAAAUUCAGAGAUUCAGAAAAGGGAGUUGCAGCCUUCCCGAGUAGGUCCCUGUGUAGUGUGCUUUCGCUUGUGUUAAGGUUCUUGGAGUACUAGCCAAGCCAGACUCCAUGGACUGGUAGAGUAUCCUCUAGGUACACUUGUCUUUGUUGUGUCUUUGUGUCCUUCCUUCAAAAUCCAUUGAAAACAAAAAUGUUAAAAAAAAAUUCUUCCAGCUUUUUCAGCAGAUUUCUAUAUUUUGACUUCAUCGGUUUCCUGUGUAGUGGAGGAUAAUUAAAGGAAAAGAAACGACUGGAGAAUUUUUAAGGAUUGCACUAAAAUGUGAUAAUGGGUGUCUGUCAGUUGGAAUCGGAGCACUUGUUACGUUUGGGAUAAGUAGACACAAACUACACACUACAGGCACUACCAUGCUUUUACCCCAUGCCCAGCCGGAAUCGCACCACUUGUUGCAAAGAAAAAAAUGGCAGGAGAGUUUUUAUAUAUACUCAAAAACUGAGAGAAAAAGCUUAAAGUAACUCCCUGCUGAUGGUUUUGAAGAGCUCCAAACAAACAUUUUUCAAAGCACUUGUUUGCGUUGUUAAGAAGGGAAAGGGGAAAAAAAGCAUUUUGGGAAUUGGCAUGGGAAAGUGACCCUUAAAGAAAGACACCAAAAUGCGAAAAAAAAA